AUGAACGUAUCCAAAGUGUACGGGGAUGGCACCAGGUCACGGAAGGUGGCGCUUAACAAUGUGUCUAUAGAACUGCACAGAGGUCAGAUCACCACGCUGCUCGGACACAACGGCGCCGGGAAAACCACCCUUAUAAACAUCUUGACGGGCAUGUUGAAGCCUAGUAGCGGUCACGUGGUGGUGCGGGGAGGUGAUCAGGGUGAAGAGGGCGCGGGGAUCGGUGUGUGUCCUCAACGUGACGUGCUUUUCCCGAACCUGACGCCCAGAGAACACAUCACGCUGUAUGCCCAACUGAAGGCACGGUCUCACUACCAUAACGUCAGGGAUGAGAUACAGAACAUGGUGCGCGCGUUGUCGCUGGGCGGGGCGUGUGACCGGCGCGUGUGCCGGCUGUCCGGGGGCACGCGCCGCCGGCUCUGUGUGGCGCUCGCGUUCAUACACGCGCCCGCGCUCGUCACGCUCGACGAGCCCACCGCCGGCGUCGACCCCGCCGCCAGGAGGUACUACUGCUCUCACUGUCACUGUUGUAACCAAUGGUUUUGUGCAUAUAAACAAUUACUUUGUAGUAUUUUAUGUUUAAAAAAAUGUAUUUUUGCAAAUGCCACUUGCAAUUGGCAAUUAACUGUGGAUUACAAGAACAGGAACCGGCUAUGGCGAAGUAUCAUGUGACGUCACUUUUCAAUAAACUAAACGGCAACCUGAACUGGGUUUAUUUAAAAACACCUUUUGAAGGAAAUCAAACCUGAUAGUGUUUAAUAUAAUUAUAUGAAGGUCUCGCUCGUACGCCACUUAGCUCGUACGUAGAACUUGGUAGGUGAUAAUAGAAUAUAG